UCACCACCACCUUCCUAAUUUUCUUGUACAAAACCAUACUUUCCACUCAAAUUUUCUCGAGAAAAUUCUAUAUAAUUCCUCUCUCCAUCCGUAUUCCAUUUCCCUUGCAUAAAACACAUUCAUGGUCAUGGAGUACAUGCUCCUCGUCUGCAACACCCACCGAUGAUAUCACCACCAUCCCGAAAACUCUUUUAAUACUUCCAGUUUCAGAUUUCUUGGCCCAAUUAUUAUGCUGUCCAGAUCUUGCUUCAAUCUGCUCAAUCUUGAAUAUUACUCUGGGGUCGAUCGGACUCGGAUUCCCAGAGUCAUGACUAUGCCGGGCAUACUCUCGGAUUUCGACAGUAAUGGCGACGCCGCCGAGUCCGACGCCGUUUCGGUCGGCCAAGAACGCAGAAUCAUCGUCGCCAACCAGCUCCCGGUGAAGGCUUACCGAGACGCGGCCUCCAAGAAAUGGUGCUUCGAUUGGGACAAAGACGCCUUGGUUCUACAGCUUAAAGACGGGUUCCCGGCCGACGUCGAGGUGAUCUACAUCGGCUGCCUGAAGGCGGAGAUCGACGCCGGCGAUCAAGAUGAGGUCUCUCAGCUUCUGCUCGAGAAAUUCCGGUGUGUUCCGACGUUUCUCUGCGCCGACAUCCAGAACAAGUUCUAUCACGGCUUCUGUAAACACUAUCUCUGGCCUCUGUUUCACUAUAUGUUGCCCGUGACGCCGAGCCACGGGGCUCGGUUCGAUCGGAGUCUAUGGCAGGCCUACGUUUCUGCAAACAAGGUUUUUGCAGAUACGAUAAUGGAGGUGAUAAACCCAGAUGAGGAUUACAUCUGGAUUCACGAUUAUCACCUCAUGGUUUUGCCUACUUUCUUGAGAAAGAGGUUUCACAGGGUAAAGCUCGGAUUUUUCUUGCAUAGUCCUUUUCCAUCGUCUGAAAUUUACCGGACAUUACCGGUCCGGGACGAGAUUCUGAGGGCCUUCUUGAAUUGUGAUCUUGUUGGGUUCCAUACUUUCGAUUAUGCGAGGCAUUUCUUGUCUUGUUGCAGUAGAAUGUUGGGUUUGGAUUACCAAUCUAAAAGGGGGUACAUUGGGCUGGAGUAUUAUGGUAGAACAGUGAGUAUUAAGAUCCUUCCCGUUGGGAUUCAUAUGGACCAGAUUGAAUCUGUGAUGGCCCUUUCGGAGACGGAGAAAAAGGUCCAAGAAUUGCAGGCGCAGUUUGGGGGGAAGAUUGUGAUGUUGGGUGUAGAUGACAUGGAUAUGUUUAAGGGCAUUAGUUUGAAGUUCUUGGCAAUGGGGCAUCUCUUGGCACAACACCCUGAAUUGAGGGGAAGAGUGGUUUUGGUUCAGAUCAUGAACCCGGCAAGGAGCCGGGGGAAGGAUAUUCAAGAGGUUCAGAAUGAGAUUAGCAGUGUUGCCAAUGAGGUUAAUUUGAAGUAUGGCAAGCCCGGUUAUGAGCCGAUUGUGUUUGUUAAUGGCCCGGUUUCGACCCAAGACAAAGUUGCUUACUAUGCCAUUUCGGAGUGUUGUGUUGUCAAUGCAGUGAGGGAUGGUAUGAAUUUGGUGCCUUACAAGUACACGGUGUCUAGGCAAGGCACCCCUGAUUUGCACAAGGCCUUGGGGCUUGAAGGGUCUGCUAUACCGAGGAAGAGUGUGAUUAUUGUCUCAGAAUUCAUCGGUUGCUCACCAUCGCUCAGUGGGGCUAUCCGGGUUAAUCCAUGGAACAUUGAUUCUGUCUCUGAAGCCAUGAAUUUGGCAAUCACAAUGCCAGAGGGAGAGAAACAAUUGCGCCAUGAGAAGCACUACAAGUAUAUUAGCUCUCAUGAUGUUGCUUACUGGGCUAGGAGUUUCGACCAAGAUCUCGAGAGAGCCUGUAGAGAUCACUACCAGAAGAGGUGUUGGGGCAUUGGUUUUGGCUUAGGAUUUCGGGUCGUCGCUUUGGGUCCUAAUUUCAGAAAGCUUGCUGUGGAGCACAUUGUCUCCGCUUAUAAUCAGACCAACAGCCGGCUAAUUUUGUUGGACUAUGAUGGCACCAUGAUGCCACAAGGUUCUGUGGACAAAUCUCCAAGCGAUGAGAUUAUUCAAGUUUUAAAUGGGUUAUGCAAUGAUCCAAAGAAUGUCGUUUUUAUUGUAAGUGGCAGGGGGAAGGAUUCACUAAGCAGGUGGUUCUCUCCAUGUGAGAAACUUGGUUUAUCUGCAGAACACGGCUACUUCACUAGGUGGAGCAAGGAUUCUCCUUGGGAGUCCUGCAUGUUGGCAAUGGACUUCGACUGGAAGAAGAUUGCGCUGCCCGUGAUGGAGCAUUACACAGAGGCCACAGAUGGAUCAUCUAUAGAACAGAAGGAAAGUGCCCUUGUGUGGCAUCAUCAAGAAGCUGAUCCAGACUUCGGCUCAUGGCAGGCGAAAGAGCUUCUCGAUCAUCUUGAGAGUGUUCUUGCCAAUGAGCCUGUGGUCGUUAAAAGAGGUCAACACAUAGUUGAAGUGAAGCCACAGGGCGUAAGCAAAGGAGUUGUUGUGGAAAAUCUCAUGGCGUCAAUGAGGACUAGGGGGAAGCCUCCAGAUUUUGUUUUGUGUGUAGGCGAUGAUCGUUCAGAUGAAGAUAUGUUCGAGACCAUCGCAAGAUCAGUUGCUAACCCCUCCUUGCCUGCCAUAGCAGAAGUUUUUGCCUGCACUGUCGGUCAGAAACCGAGUAUGGCCAAAUACUAUCUUGAUGAUACAUCUGAAGUAAUCAAGAUGCUUCAGGGCCUUGCAUCAGCAUCCGGGCUGCUCGAAAAAUCUGCAAUUUCGCAAGUCUCCUUUGAGGGGUAUUCUCUCUGAAAUUUGCCGUUGUAGGUACAACAAUUGCAUAAUGUUCAAAUGGGCUGGAGCAACAUGGAGCUAGGGAGAAAGACAGCAUUGUACAGCAAAUAGUUACAUUUACAGGUCAUCUGAAAUCAGUUUGGAUAAUUACAGGAUUAGUUGAUCCAAGUUUUCUAUAGUUCCCAUUUAUAAGUAGUCGUCUUUGUAUGACCUCAAGGAUUGAUUUAUCUCUUUCUUUUAUUAUUUUGUCUA